AUGAUGAUUGAUAAGCAUGAUGGUCAAGAAAUGGAUCAAACUUUAAAACACUCAAAUAUUCCUAUUGGAGUACUUCUAAGUGCAUCAUGCAAGCAGGCAACGCUCAUACUUAAAAAGGCAUCAAAACAGAAUUUAUUUGACGCUAUGCACUUAUGGUUGGUAAUUAAGAACUUAAAAGGCAAUACAAGCGAGAACCUACAAGAAGAAAAUGUUCACAAGCAUCUGAAUUUAAGUAUCAAUUCAGAUAUUGUACUAGCGUAUUAUAGAGGUGAUAAUUACGAAUUGGUUGAUACAUUUAACUACGGGAGGAUUCAAGGCAACAACCUAGAACAAAUGCUUUUGGGAACAUGGAAUGAACAAAACGGUAUGAGGAUGUUGCUGAAUAGGUUUAAGUAUUAUGAUCGAUGGAAUUUCCACAAUCUGACUUUAAGAGCAGUUUCGGUGAUAUUAGAGCGUCCAAAAGUAUUCAAGCCGGAGAUGCUGACAGACCUCGGGUACACUGCAGGUGUCUCAGCUAUGACUAAAAUGGUCGCACAGUUGCUCUACGUACUAAUGGAACAACAUAACUUUAGAUUUAACUAUACAAUAGUUGGACGCUGGAUUGGUUCACCUGAAAGGAACUCUACUCUGGCCGUGACAAAUUCUUUAUAUUGGGGUGAACAAGAUAUAUCAUGUACAUGUGCAAGAAUUUUUCCAAAAUGGCUUAACUGGGUGGAUAUAUUCUUUCCUGCGGUUACAACACUCGAGACUAAAUUUUACUAUCUAAUCCCUGAGAAAGGAGUUGGAGACUAUGAAAAUCGUUUUUUGACACCAAUGUCUCCAAGUGUGUGGUGGUGCUCAUGCGUUGUCGGCAUAGCAUGCGUCAUUAUACUAGCCAUUGCUGCGAAAAUAGAAAAGCGGCCCGAACCUCAUUCCUAUGCUUUCUUUAGUGUUUUCGCUACAACAUGCCAACAAGGCCGACGAGUUAUUCUCCUUGUGGUAGGAUUAACCAGUAUGCUACUUUAUAACUACUACACCAGCAGUGUAGUUUCAUGGCUUCUGAAUGCUGCUGCUCCAACUCUUCAUAAUUUGGAUGCAUUGAUGAGUAGCGAUUUGGAACUUGUAUUUGAGGAUAUUGGAUACACAAGGGGAUGGCUUGAGAAUCCAGGGUUCUUUUACUACAGUGGAUAUAAAAAUCCUAAAGAAGAUAUACUCAGGAACAAAAAAGUUAUAAACGCAAAGCGUACCGUACCCCUGUUGCAGGCAGUUAAUACAGGAAUAGAGCUGGUGCGCACUGGUGGUUAUGCUUAUCACACUGAACCAUAUACUGCUUAUCAAGUCAUUUCUAAGACUUUUGAUGACACCGAGCUUUGCAAGUUGGGUUCCUUGCAAAUGAUGCAACCAGCUCAAGUUUAUAUUAUGGCCCAAAAAGAGAGUCCAUAUAAACAAUUUUUUAUUUGGAGUCUAAUGCGUCUUCAAGAGCGUGGACACAUAAAAGCUUCGCGGGAUCGCGUUGGCGGCUAUUCCUUUGAAUGCUCGGGUCGCACUCCACGUGCAUUAGCAUUAGGGCAGGCAGCACCUGCAUUUGCUGUGCUGGCAGAAGCAGCUUUAUUAGCUGUUUUCAUUUUGUCGAUAGAAAUAUUAUGGCACAGGUAA